AUGUUCGUGAAACGGAAUCCGAUCAGAGAAGCUUCCGCCGGGAAAUACUCUCCGCCGCCACCGAGUGUCAAUGUUGCGGUCGCGCACAUACGAGUCGGAUCUUACUACGAAAUCGAUUCCUCGAUUCUCCCUCAGCGAUCGCCGGAGCAGCUUAAAUCGAUCAGAGUCGUCAUGGUCGGCAAAAUCACGGUGCGCGACGUGUCUCUCCGAUACCCGAGCAUGAACUCGCUCAGAUCGCAUUUCGAUUGCAUCCGUAACAGCAAGCUGAAUCGGAGUAACUCGGGUAGUCUUCUUCCCGUUUUGGACGAGAGCCAUGUGGUGUCAUCGGAGCUAGCUGGGGAUUUGCUUUACAGAAGAAUCGCACCUCACCAUGUUUCCGUGAACAGAAAUUCGUGGAGUUUCUGGGUUUCUGCUGCUGCUUCUCGCAGGAACAAUCUCUCACGCAGGGAACCGAUUUCUCAACCGGCGAACAAUACUAGACUCGGUCGCGCGGCUUCACCGGUGGGAAAGUGCUGGUCUGAGCUCAGAUCGAGAGGAAUGGUCAAGUGGGGGAGGAGAAUUCGCGUGCGGUACCAGAGCCGGCAUAAGGAAAGUUCUAGACUGAAAGAGGAAGAGAUGUGCAAGGAGGAGACGGAGGAAGACGAUGGGAAUGAAACUGAUAAUAGACCGGAGAAAGACGAUGGAAGCCGUAAAAGAAAGUUGAUUGAAUCGAGGACUGAGAGACUCGCUAAGAGGGCCAAGGUAUCUGAUGAUAGUGCUGAGAAGAAGAAGGAAAACCAAAUCGUGGUCUAUACGAGGAAAUCAGCCAGGGAAUUUAUUGACCGAUGGUCUGUCGAGAGGUACAAACUAGCAGAGAGGAACAUGUUAAAAGUGAUGAAGGAGAAGAAUGCAGUGUUUGGCAAUUCCAUACUCAGGUCAGAGUUGAGGUCAGAAGCGAGGAAGCUGAUCGGAGACACGGGUCUGUUGGAUCAUCUGCUUAAGCACAUGGCAGGGAAGGUGGCUCCUGGAGGUCAAGAUAGGUUCAGGAGAAAGCACAAUGCAGAUGGAGCGAUGGAGUAUUGGUUGGAGAGUGCUGAUUUGAUUCACAUAAGGAAAGAAGCAGGAGUUGAAGAUCCUUAUUGGACUCCUCCACCUGGUUGGAAGCUUGGUGAUAAUCCUAGUCAAGAUCCUGUCUGUGCUGGCGAAAUCCGUGAGAUCAGAGAUGGAUUAGCUAGCCUCAAAAGAGAAUUUGAGAAACUCGCUGCAAAGAAGGAAGAGGAGGAGCAUCUUGUCAUGACUACACCUAAUUCUUGUGUUACUACUCAGAACGAUAAUCUGAUGACUCCGGCCAAGGAAAUGUACGCUGAUCUUCUGAAGAAGAAGUACAAGAUUGAGGACCAACUAGUGAUAGUUGCAGAAACAUUGCGUCAAAUGGAGGAAGACAUGGGAUGGCUUAAGAAAACAGUAGACGAGAGCUGUCCUAGAAAGCCAGACUCAACAGAGACUCCUCUGCUACUCGAGGAUUCACCACCAGAAGAAGUGAAAGAGGUGAAGAAGGGGAGAAACCAAAUCACAGAGUCACCUCAAAACAGAGGAAAGGGAAAGAAACAUGAUGGACAAGAACAAGAACGAUCACCACUCUCGCUUAUAAGCAACACUGGCUUCAAAAUCUGCAGGCCUGUGGCGAGUUUCUCAUGGCCCAAACUUCCUGCUCUUGCCGCUGCCACUGGUGAUACUGGUUCUGGUAACAGUGUUGCGUUUGCUUCUUUGCCAAGUCACCGUCCAUCGCCUCCUUAUCCUGUGAAGCCACUUGCAGCUAAGCGUCCUCUCGUCUUGCCUUUUCCCUUCACCACCAAUUCCCCACAAAUCUCUUCAGCCUUUGAACAGUGA